AUGAGUGGGCACCUGAAGAGGAAGUUUCAGGAGGUGGACGAGGACCCAUGCUACUCGUCUCCCUCACCCUCUUCCCUCUCCUCUGCCUGCUCAGGCUGGGACUCUGGGGGGGAGAGCUGCUACUCGGACACCCUGGAUUCCAAUCUCAGCAACCCUUGUUCCCCAGCAACACAUUUCAACACAACGUCGAUUCUUAAGAAAUCAAAGAGAGCGCGCAGAGGCAACGUGACAUUCGACCGGGUGACUGUGUACUUCUUCCCAAGAUGCCAGGGCUUCACCAGUGUACCCAGUCGGGGAGGUUGCACCCUUGGCAUGAUGCAGCGCCACAGUGCUCGGCGUACAUACACACUUUCAGAAUUUGCUUCGGAGCAAGGGCUCCUACGGAGGGAAAAAUUCCUCAAUAGGCUUAGGGAGGAGAAGCUGGAAGCUUUGAAAAUGAAGCUGACAAAGAAUGGAACCCAGGUAAGCGAGGAGGCAGAGAGGCUUACGUUAGAGGAUAUCCGAGAGCAAGAUAUCGACAUGAGCAAUGCCAACCUGGACGAGGCCUCUUUCCUCCAGCCUUACCCAUCUAAGAAGCGCUAUGCACUACUCAAAGCAGCUGGUGUGAAGAAAAUCGACAAGGAGGAGAAGAGGCAGCUGCAUGAACUGAGGCUCUCUAGGGAGAACUGCGGUUGUGACUGCCAGGGAUUCUGCGAGCCUGAGACCUGCAGCUGCAGCUUGGCAGGCAUCAAGUGUCAGAUGGACCACUCUUCUUUCCCAUGUGGCUGCACCAAAGACGGCUGCGGAAACACAGAGGGUCGCAUUGAGUUCAACUCAAACCGGGUACAGACGCAUUACAUUCACACUAUCAUGAAGCUGGAGCUGGAGAAGAGGCUAGAGGAGCAGUCCAGCACAGAGGAAGAGGAGGAGGCAAACACUAAAGAACCCAGCACGCAGCUACCAGCGGUGCCCUCCUUCCCUUUCAGCUCGGAGCUGAUGGCAGCAGGAGAGAACAGCUGCAGCAGUGACAUGACAGACUCAUCGGACUCAUCUGGUCAAAGCGAGGACUCUGAGGUGGGAGAGAGCCACUGUGAGAAUCAUAGCCAGCUGGACGUCGAUGAGAAAGGCCUGAGCCGGAUACUGAGUUUUAACGAUGCAAGCAGUGUGGAGAGCAUGGAGAGGGAGAGUAAAAACACUUGUUUCCCAAAUCAUCAGAAGCAACAGCCAUCUACAGAGGCUUUCAGUAGCUUUAGCAUAGUGGACUUUGCUGAUGAAAAUGACAACAUAGACACUGCUCUUUUGGAAUCCACGGAUCAGCACACAGACAAUCGAGCUACAGCCAUUUCAGAACUCUUGGAUGAGAACGCCAACCAGGGAAACGGCCUGUUCCACAGCUGCAGUGUGCCACACACACCUUCUCCUAGUGUUGACCGCUCAGCAAGCUAUGACAUGGACCUAAGCCUCUCCUCUGAGUCUGACCUGGAGUUCUUUGAUGGCUUCCCUUGCUUGGGACACAGCUCGCUUUACAAUUCGCUUAAAGAGUAUGAGCCCAUGGACAACUAUUUCCAUUAUCAGCUGCCCAACUACCCCAGCUUCCCAGCGGCGAGCGACACAGGAACCUGCCUUCUGGAAUCCCUGAUCGGUCUCUCAGAAUCCGUCCCAGAGCCUCCUGCUACGUUUACAGACAAUCAGUUGAUGGAGGAAGCCAUGACACUGUCUGUAAUAGAGUCUGUGAAAGUUUGACGGAAUAUGUGAACUAUGUAAGAAAGGAUAAACCCACCGGGGGGUAUUAGCGUUGGGGGUAUUAGAAGGGGAUUAAAAAAUGCACAUAAGAUGUCAACGUGUUUUGAGGAAGCUGAGAUUUCCCUCUUUGUUUUUUUUUUGUUUUUGUUUUUGUUUCUUUGCCAACAACAUAUUCAGAUUCCAGACUUGCCUUCAAAAUGAUAGCAACUCAGUUUGGGAUGAUUGCUGUGUGAGAUGGCAGCUAGGGGUUACAAGUGGAAAGAGAUCAUUUUUACUAGGCCAAUAUAAAUGAAUUAAUCCUAAGAAAGCCCUUUUAACCAAACCAAGACCACCAAGCGCUUGCUAAACAGGAAUCAACCUUAAAACUGUUUCCAGGUUGGGUGUUAAUCUCAACACAGCUGAAUGUUCACCUCAGGGAAUUCAAUGUUUUCUAGCUUUUGGAGGCAAUGUGUGGUGACCAUUGCUGUGAUUGCCUUCAUACAAAACCGAGUCCAGUUGCGAUGUAUACAGUAGUCCUGUUUGCGUCCCCCCCCACUCCCUUCUGGACAUAACUUGAGUGAAGAAAAGCUGAGGUCUCAUCCCAAAAGGUACAAUGGAAAAAAAAAAAAUCCCUGUCAGAGCUCCUCGAUCAGCACUUUAAAUGUGAAAAAAGCUAUGUAUGCAUCGGCAUAGUUUUGGUCGUUUGGGAUGGAUUCAACAGUUUGAUGCUAAAUUAAGGAGUUUCUUAUUUAUGGGCUAGGAUUGUUGCUCAUAUUCUUAAAACGAUUAAGUUGUAUCUGUAUUUUCUUUAUUGCUUUUGUUUUAAAUUAUUUCCUUUAUGGUUUUAUUUAUUUCUGAUGAAGCCUAUUCUCAUUCAAACAGCACUGUGGAUUGUUUACCUUAAAGUGCAAUCUUCCUCCUUUUUUUUUUUUUUUUUCCAUAUCACAUUAAGGUAUUACUAUGAGAAAUGGAACCAAGUGGCGGUUUUUGACAUGAUUCAUAUAGGCUGUUGCCCAGGGUGGCUUUAUAAAGGGGCAAUCAAGAACCAGUUUUAUAUUGCUUCUUUGCAUGUGCAGUCAAGGAGUGCCCCCUGCUACCUUCUGUUUAUGGGGAGACUAGUUUACUCGCUUUAUGCAGUGCAUUUUAUUCCAUCCUAGAACCUCAGCAAGGUUAGCAGAAAGGAGAGAUUAAACAGAACAUCAAUCAUGUAAGAACCGCCACUAAACGGACCACAUGUCCAUUGGAAAGUAUUUAAUAUAUCUAUUCUCUAACACUAUGUUUUAAGUUAUUCUGUCUUUAUUUCAUGCGUUAUUUAAUUUAAAGGCAUUUUGGCAAUAACCUGGGCUUUCGUGAAGUUUACUGGAUGUGCCUGUUUAUCAGAGGAGCCAUGCUUGUCUGUGGUGUGCGUGCAGCGGUUCCACUUAAGCUUUGGGACUGAAAACUGUGGAAUCUCCCUAAUCACUGAAACAAAUAAAGAAAAUUAUGAUUCUAUUUGUAUUGCUGCCUAUAAAAAACAUAGAAAAAUGAGACUAAUAUUUUCUAGCUAAUAUAUGUAGGAUGAGAAAAGAAUUUUAAUCACUGACAAAUUGAAUAUUUUAUUAAGAAAGCAAAAUUAAUAAUUUUCAAUCUGAGACGACCUUUGUAAUAUAUGAAUUAUAGAGAAACUCUAUGCUUAUGAAGGUUAGUGUUCAGAAUUAUUUUUAAUAGGCAGUCAAAUGUUUGAAUAUCUUAGAGAAAAGCCACUAAAACUAAAAUUGCAAAAAAUCUAUUUGAUUGUUUUCUGAAUAUUUCUGGAAGUCUGUGACUUGGGUUAAAGUAUGGUAGAAAUUACACAAAUGCUAAAGGUUAUUUUGUAU